AUGGUUCACACUUUCAAGAACCCUACCAACAGCAAAAUGAUUCCGGUAAUGCUCACAGCGCUCUCUGGAGCCUUGCUGGUUUCCGGACAAACAACAGCUAGUUGGACUGCUGCUUAUACAAAAGCCAACGCGGCCUUGGCCAAAUUGUCCUCUUCGGAAAAAAUCAAUAUCGUGUCUGGAAUCGGAUGGGACAAGGGCCCUUGUGUAGGCAAUACAGCAGCAGUCAGCUCCAUCGGCUACCCUCAGCUAUGUCUACAAGACGGGCCUUUGGGGAUACGAUACGGAAAUGGUGUCACGGCUUUUACUCCUGGCAUUCAGGCUGCCUCGACUUGGGACCGUGAAUUGAUACAAGAACGAGGCCAAUUCAUGGCUGAAGAAGCAAAAGGAUGCGGUAUUCAUGUCUUACUGGCUCCAGUUGCAGGGCCACUCGGAAAAAUCCCAACAGGCGGGAGAAACUGGGAGGGCUUUGGUGUCGACCCUUACCUUACUGGAAUUGCAAUGGCGGACACGAUCACUGGCAUGCAGACUGCUGGUGUGCAGGCGACUGCAAAGCACUACAUUGGCAAUGAACAGGAGUUGAACCGCGAGACCAUGAGUUCAAACAUUGAUGAUCGUACGAUGCACGAGUUAUAUCUAUGGCCGUUUGCAGAUGCAGUACAGGCAAAUGUGGCGUCGGUCAUGUGCAGCUACAACAAAUUGAACAGCACGUGGGCUUGUGAGAAUGAUAAGAUUAUCAAUCAGCUACUUAAGAAAGAGCUUGGCUUCCAAGGCUACGUCAUGACGGAUUGGAACGCCCAACACACGACCUCUGGAAGCGCAAAUGCAGGUCUGGACAUGACCAUGCCUGGUUCUGAUUACAAUGGCGGUACUGUUCUAUGGGGUUCGGUGCUCGCCAGUGCUGUGAGCAGUGGCCAAGUUCAACAGUCACGCGUCGACGACAUGGUUCGCCGCAUCCUCGCUGCUUGGUAUCUGACUGGUCAGGACAGCGGGUUUCCCUCCAUCAAUAUCCAGGCCAGUGUUCAGGGAACACACAAGACAAAUGUGCGCAGUGUUGCCAGAGAUGGUAUUGUUCUGCUCAAGAACGAUGCCGGCAUACUACCUUUGAAGAAGCCCUCCAAGCUCGCUCUGGUUGGCUCUGCCUCGGUCGUCAACCCUUCUGGCGCAAACGCAUGCACUGAUCGCGGCUGCAAUACUGGCGCUUUGGGCAUGGGUUGGGGUUCUGGCACGGCCAACUACCCGUACUUUGUUUCCCCUGCUGAUGCCAUCAAGACCCGUGCCACAACCGACGGUACGACCAUUACUCAGUCGACUAGUGACAGCACGGGAUCAGUCGCUUCUGUGGUCAGUGGUGCAGACGCCGCAAUCGUUUUCAUCACUGCAGACAGUGGCGAGGGCUAUAUCACAGUCGAGAAUAAUGUGGGCGAUCGCAUCAACCUCGACCCCUGGCACAGCGGAAAUGCGCUCGUCCAGGCCGUGUCACAGUCAAGUCAGAACGUGAUUGUCGUUGUCCAUUCCGUUGGCCCCAUCGUGCUGGAAACUAUCCUCGCCCUGUCCAAUGUGAAGGCGGUCGUCUGGGCGGGCCUGCCCUCGCAGGAGAGCGGCAAUGCCCUUGUUGAUGUUUUGUACGGAUCUGUUUCGCCAUCAGGAAAACUUCCAUACACCAUCGGAAAGUCUGCGUCUGAUUAUGGCACCAGUGUGGUCAGUGGCGAUGACAGUUACAAGGAGGGUCUCUACAUUGAUUAUAGACACUUUGACCAGUCCAAUAUUGCGCCACGGUAUGAGUUUGGCUACGGCUUGUCAUAUACCAACUUCACAUACUCGGACAUCAAGGUUACCGGCACGCCAACGUCAGGCCCGGCGACCGGCACGGUGUCCUCGGGAGGUCGCGCCGAUCUGUUCGAGGCUGUGGCCACGGUCACGGCAUCCAUCAAGAAUACCGGUAGCGUCGAUGGCUCCGAGGUGGCCCAGCUGUACGUCGGAUACCCGUCGUCGGCCGCGGCGCCGCCAAAGCAGCUGCGCGGAUUCGCAAAGUUGCCCUUGACUGCUGGUGCCUCGGGCACAGCAACCUUUGCGCUUAGAAGGAGAGACUUGAGCUAUUGGGACACGAAACUGCAGAAUUGGGUUGUACCGUCGGGCACUUUCAAUAUCACGGUUGGUGCCAGCAGUCGUGAUAUCCGACAGGUCGCUACUUUGACGGUGGCAUGA